AUGCCGCGGCCGGCAGCUGGACCGUCGGACCGCGCCUCGGUUGUGCUUCCAACAGUCAAGUGCUCGUCAUGCGGUGUCGCCAUCCCGCUCAGCUCUCUCGGCGAGCACGUCUGUGUGCCGCUCCCCGCCCUUCCCACCCUCAACAUCAUCCACUCUGGUAGCCCACGGUCCCUCAACCAGCAGCUGCCUGUCGUGCCUUCUCCCGGCCUGCAGCGUCCCAACGCUCCAAACUCGCUUCACCCUCGUGGACACGGCGGCAAUAACAACUAUUCAUUUAGCAUUGGGGAAGUCGUCCCCUCGUCGUCGAGGCUAGGCGACUACCCGGCAGACGUGCCAUUGUCCGCCGUCAGUGACAACAGCGUGGGUCGCUGGCCCAUUGGUGACUCUGCACCGGUUGGUCACGUUCUCCCCUCUCCGACCCUUCCGGACACAACUUCCGGCGGUAAUGCUGGGAUGGCUGGGGUGGGGCGACGUGCGUUCGCCGCUGCCGCAUGGAGUGUUCGUGCCGGUGUGGCACUGGCAGCCAACGCCGGCAAGCCGUUCCACGCCGACCAGUCGGGCUCCCCGGUCGAGCCCAUCUCGAUGCCCCUGCCCAUCCCCCACCCUUCACCACCUCGCAACACCCAACCCCGUCAGACACCUUCGCCCGUCAACUCGACCUCCCGCCACACCCCUUCCCCUGUGCCUGCCGGUGGUAUGCGCAUAAACCGCUCCCCCACCCCGCGCGAGCCUGUCAUCCUGCCAAAGGUGCCACUGGCUGGCCGCGAGCGCAGCAACACCAUCCGCGACACCGACCGCGCGCCGUCACGCAGCGACCGCGCACCUUCCCGCAACGAUUCAUCGCGGGCUCCGUCACGCAACGACGACCUCCGUGCUCCGUCCCGCAACGACCAACCGCUCCACCCGGGCAUGGCCAGCCGGUCGCAGUCCGAUGACACCCAGGGCGGCUCCUCGUUCUUUGAUCGCUACCGCCAAGUGGUCGGUUCCAAGAGCGACCAGGGCCACGCUCUGAAUGGCCGUAUCGUUACCUCGCCGUUUGGCGACAGUGACCGCGCCGCCAUCGACCGCCACUCGCUCACCGGCAGUCUCGAGGACGUGUCGAUGUUGCCGUGGGCCUCAUCGCCCACCGAGCCGUCCCCUGGCAUCUUUGAGCACCAACGCCAGAUGACCAGCGGCAGCAUUGACUCGACCACAUCGAGCUCGGCUUCAGGUGGCCCCGAGCAGCUGCGGACAGGUGGCUGGGCCGGCCAAGAGGUCGAGCUUGUCAUGACCCCAAGCCAGAGCUGGGAGGGUCUGGCGGGCAACGUCAACCUCGAGCCACUCAAGACCAACGGCUACGCAGACGCCAACGCAGGCCUUGGCCUCGGUGACGCAAUUCCCGGCCCGUUGGACCGUAUUGGCGAAGAGGAGGAGGAUGACGACGACGAGGAUGGCGAGCGUCUCGUGUUUGGUGUCCCUAGCACCGGUCGCAACAAGUCGUCGCUGCCCCGCUCCGCUUCCGGGGCCACGGUCACGCCUCUGUCUCUCAACAGCCGCCCCCAGGACAUUUCCAUGGACCCGCCUCGCAUGGGCCUGCACUCGCACUCAAAGUCUACCGACCGACGAAUGGGCUCGUCCCCUCCCCAGGGCAAUGGAGCUCGCCCCAAGCGCGUCUGCGCCAGCUGCGGUGACGCCGUCGGUGGACCGCGCCGCUUUGUCGAGCGUGACGGCGUCGUGUUGUGCGAGGCCGACUGGAAGAAGCUCUACCUUCCCUCAUGUCGCCGCUGCAAGAACCCCAUCGAGAAGAGUGCCGUGUCGUCGUCGGACGGGCAGCUCAAGGGCAAGUGGCACCGCGCAUGCUUCACCUGCACGCGCUGCGACAGCCCCUUUGAAGGCGACGACUUUUAUGUCCACGACGGCCGGCCGUGGUGCCAGUACCACUACGCCGAGGAGAACGGAACGCUCUGCGCAUCCGGAUCGUGCCGCAAGCCCAUCGAGGGCCCCUGUAUCCUCGCUCCGGCCUCGGGCUCGGGCGCCGACCAGCGCUUCCACCCAGGCCACCUGCGAUGCGAGCACCGCGGCGGCGUGAGCGGCGCCCAGAACUGUCGCGAACCCAUGAACGAGUACUAUGACAUUGGCGGCGAGCGCUACUGCGAGCGCCACAUGGCCGAGGCGUCGCGUAGACACGCAUCGGGCGCGCCACAGCGCGCCGAGAAGCGCCGCACCCGUCUCGUCGAGCUUGGCCCGGGCCAGCAACUCCGCCUCGGCGCAUAA